AUGGCGCAAGUAUUCCUCGACCUCAUCACCUCCUUCGGGAACUGCCUGAACUGCUUUCCCGGCUCUCCGUCGCUCAAGAUCAACAGUCGCAACUUCAAGAUCCUGAGAUUACUCGGCGAGGGUGGCUUCUCCUACGUCUACCUCGUCCAAGACACAUCGACCUCCGAGCUGUUCGCCCUGAAAAAGAUCCGAUGCCCCUUCGGCGCCGAGUCGGUCGCCCAGGCCAUGAAGGAGGUCGACGCAUACAAGCUCUUCGCCAACACGACCGGCAUAAUCCACAGCGUCGACUACGCGAUAGCCUCGGAGCGCGGCGGCGGCGAGACCUCCAAGACCGUCUACGUCCUGCUGCCCUACUACAGGAGGGGCAACCUGCAGGACCUCAUCAACGCGAACCUGGUCAACCACACCAAGUUCCCGGAGAAGAAGCUCAUGCACCUGUUCCUCGGGGUCUGCCGUGCCCUGAGGGAGAUGCACGUCUACACGGGGCCCGGCGGCGGGGGCGGCUCGGGGCCCGAGAGGAUGGAGAUGCGCGUCAACGGCGUGGAUGAGAACGUCGAGGCGGCGCAGGGCAGGUCAAAGAGGAACCAGGAGUCGGGCGGGGCGGACGAGGACGACGAGACAGAGCAGCAGAGGCCGCUGAUGCACGGAAAUGAGGGCGUGCCGGAGGGAGAGAUCAAGAGCUAUUCGCACAGGGACAUCAAGCCUGGCAACAUCAUGAUUGACGACACCGGAUCGGCACCAAUACUAAUGGAUCUGGGCUCUAUCGCCGUCUCUCCUAUCCCCAUCACAUCCCGGUCCCUCGCCAUCGCGACGCAAGAUACGGCGGCAGAGCACAGCACGAUGCCAUAUCGGGCACCGGAGCUCUUCGACGUCAAGACGGGGACCGUUAUCGACACCAAGGUAGACAUCUGGUCGAUGGGGUGCACAUUGUACGCCUGUCUUGUGGGGAAAUCGCCGUUCGAGAUGCGCAGCGACGAGACGGGCGGCUCGUUGAGUAUCUGCGUACUGGGUGGGGACUGGCGGUUCCCGGAUGAGGGGCCUGGUGGCACGAAGAGGAAGGCGCCGGUAAGGAGGACCAACACCGGGAUGGGCCAGGGCGGUGGCGCGAAUGGUGCGGCAGAGGACCUUGUUAUCAGUGACCCCAUCAAGGAGGUCGUGAGGAAGUGUUUGAGUGUGGAGCCAAGUGAGAGGCCGGACAUAGACGAGUUGAUUAGGAUGGUUGAGACGGUGGUUGACGAACUUCCUGAGGAUGACUCAACCAAACCUGAGAGGGCUGGCAGCCUUGGCCGCCAAAACAGGGUGGAUGAUGCCGACCCCACCACAUCGGCGUCACCACCAGAUAUCGACAGAGAUCAUGAUGGAGGCACAGGAGCAGGAGGGGACGAGGAAGAUGAAGAGGACGACUACAUGAACAUGACCUUUGAUGACGCGCCCGCCAAGCAACCAGAGACCUCCCUGCAGCGCAGCCAGCGCCUGCGGAAGGAGGGCCUGAAGCGCGGCAUCAUACCGUCCAAGGCCGAGCUCGCAGCGCAGGAGCGGCAGAGGCGAGAGGAGGGCCUGUCGAGGUCUCUAAUCACGGGGACCGCGGCUGGUGCAGCGACGGCCGCGGCCGAGGAGGAACCGUCAGCAGCAAACCCUAAGAAGACCAAGAGCAAGGGGCUCGCGAUGAUGGCCAAGAUGGGGUUCACGCCGGGCUCCGCGCUGGGCAGCCGCGACAACCCGUCGGCGCGCAGCGAGCCGCUCCGCAUCGAGACCAAGGAGGACAGAGGCGGGAUCGGCGCCGACGCGGACAAGAAGAGGAAGCUCGCCGAGGCGGCCGAGGCGGCGGGGCUGGCCAAGCGCGCGCGCGUCGAGGAGCUCGGGGACUACAGAGUGCGCAUGGCGCGGGAGCGGGACGCGGCGCGCAAGGAGAAGCUGGUCUUUGCCGCCCAGAAGGUCGCCGAGAAGAUGGACGAGGACGGCGGGGGAACAUCACCUGCUGCAGCUGCUGCCGAGGGUACCGCCAGUGGUGGUGGCGGCGGUGAGGCGAAGGCGCCGUCGUCGUCGCGCCCGCUCAAGUCCGUCCCCGUCGUCUACCGCGGCCUCGUGCGCCGCCGCGAGGAGGCCGAGCGCGACCGCAGGAUGCGGUACGACCUCGAGCAGAGCAGCGGCGGGCUGUCGGCGAGGCUGCCGGCGUACGAGGACGAGGGCAUGGACGAGGACGACAAGAUCGCGCUUGGCACCGGCGGGGGCCGCACCGAGAAGAAGACGGUCUACAUGCCGGCGGACGACCUGGACGAGGAGGACCCGGAGCUGGAGGAGUUCGAGGAGCUCGAGGUGGGCGAGAAGCUGGCGAGGCUCGUGGCGUACCUGAGGGAGGGGCACCGUUACUGCUUCUGGUGCAAGCUCGCCUACCCUGAUGAGGAGAUGGAGGGCUGCCCUGGGUUGACGGAGGAGGACCAUGACUGA